AGUGCGGAACUUUCCCCCUGGCUUAUCGGGAGGCACUUCUAUUGGCUCCGGGUCUUUCUGUCUUUAUCUUUUCUCUAAACUGUAAUGUUGUGCAUGGGAGUUUGGGACACGCUUGUUAUUAGGACACUUGGCCCGGGCUCCUGUUUCUAGAGACAACUGAAUGGGCAGACCAAGCUGCUGAUAGCGAGAAAGAAGUUCCAGGGAGACGCCCCUCGCUAGCCUGCCCCCAAACCGCUGUCCACCAUGUGGACUUUUCUAGGGAUUGCCACUUUCACCUAUUUUUAUAAGAAAUGCGGAGACUUUGUAACUUAUGCCAACAAGGAGCUGUUCUUAUGUGUGCUAGUGUUUUUUUCUUUGGGUAUGGUGCUGUCUUACCGAUACCAUUAUCGGAAUGGAGGACUCCAUAGGCAACAGCAAAAAACGUCUCAAUUUGGGAUUUUGUCUGACAUUCUUUCGUCUUUGCCAUUUGUUGGCUUUUUUUGGACAAAAUCGCCAUCCGUUUCAGCACAGAAGGAGCAGCUAAAAUCCAGGAAGGGCAAAAAAGAAGUGGAUGCUCCAGAGUCAACUCUUUUGGGAACAGUCGCACCUACCUUAGUGACUUCUGAGUGUGACCCAGAAGUUAUUAUUGUGGGAUCAGGUGUACUUGGAUCUACUUUGGCUGCAGUACUUGCCAGAGAUGGAAGAAAAGUGACUGUAAUUGAGAGAGAUUUAAGAGAGCCUGAUAGGAUACUUGGAGAAUUGUUACAGCCAGGAGGCUUUCAUGCUCUUAAAGAUCUGGGUCUUGGAGAUGCAGUGGAAAACCUUGAUGCUCACAUGGUCCAUGGCUAUGUGAUUCACAACCAAGGGUGCAGGGAAGAAGUUGAAGUUCCAUUUCCACACUCACCAGACAAAGAGGUGCAGAGUGGCCGAGCAUUUCAUCAUGGACGCUUCAUCACCAAUCUCCGGAAUGCAGCUAUGGCAGAACCCAAUACAAAGUACAUUGAAGGAGUUGUGAUGAAAAUGCUAGAGGAAGAUGAUGUUGUGGUGGGAGUUCAGUACAGAGAUAAAGAAACUGGAGAUAUAAAGGAACUCCGUGCACCAUUGACAGUUGUUGCAGAUGGGCUUUUUUCCAAGUUUAGAAAAAAUCUGAUCUCCAAUGCAGUGUCUGUCAAAUCCCAUUUUGUUGGCUUCCUUAUGAAGGACGUGCCACAAUUUAAAGCAAAUCAUGCUGAACUCAUUUUAGCAGAUCCUAGUCCAAUUCUCAUCUACCAGAUUUCAUCCAAUGAAACUCGGAUUCUUGUUGAUAUUCGUGGAGAAAUGCCAAGAGACUUAAGAGAUUAUAUGAUAGAGAAAAUUUAUCCACAAUUACCUGAGUAUGUAAAAGAACCUUUCCUCGAGGGAAUUCAGAAUGAUCAUUUGAGAUCUAUGCCUGCAAGUUUCCUUCCUCCUUCACCACUAAACAAAAAAGGUGUUUUAAUUUUGGGAGAUGCCUAUAAUAUACGACAUCCUCUUACUGGUGGGGGAAUGAGUGUUGUUUUCAACGACAUAAAAAUAUGGAGGAGACUGCUAAAAAACAUUCCUGACCUUUAUGAUGAGAGAGCACUUCUCCAGGCCCAAAGUUUAUUCUAUCGGUCAAGAAGAAAGUCCCAUUCAUUUGUUGUCAAUGUUCUUGCUCAGGCUCUUUAUGAAUUAUUUUCUGCCACAGAUGAAACGCUACAUCAGUUAAGAAGAGCAUGUUUCUGUUACUUCAAGCUUGGUGGACAAUGUAUUACUGGUCCAGUUGGGUUACUCUCUGUAUUAUCUCCUGAUCCCCUGGUGCUAGUUGGACAUUUUUUUGCAGUUGCAUUGUAUGCUAUUUACUUUUGUUUUAAGUCAGAGCCCUGGAUUACAAAACCACGAGCCUUUUUCAGCAGUGCUGCUGUCUUUUACAAAGCUUGCUGUGUCCUGUUUCCUCUCAUUUAUUCAGAAAUUAAAUACUUACAUUAAACUUAAGGGAAGCCCAUUGGAGAAUGAAUACAUGGAAUUCACCAAGCCUUAAGAGACUUUUGGGAAGAUUUGUACUGCUGAAUGCUAUACCAUUACUAAAACACAGACACAUGGACAAAUGGGGGUUAAUUUGUUUUUGGUUUUCCUUGUGUGUGUAAACAGUUGUAAAUAAAUGUUUUGCUUUGCGAUUAAAAUGAAGACUGUUAGAUAUCUAAGAGAAAUGAUUGUUAAAUCACAAAUCAGUCUUAUGCCCUGAUAGUGAAAACAUGUUUUCUUUUGGGAUCCAUGAUGUUUAGUAUGUAAAAAUGUUGACUAUGCAAAUAAACUAAAUGAAGAUGGAAA